CGUGUCGUGAACGCUAGUAUUGGCGAGGUGCGGAGGCUCCUCGUCUCCAUCCUUUAAAACGAGUCACAAGAGACUGUUUCAGAGGCUACCCUCCCGUAAUUGGUUUAAAUCGAGACGUCAGUAAUUAUUUGCUCGUCAAUCGCAUUUACCUCAGUAUACCGCCUGUAUACUGACAGGAACCUAUUCGUAUGUUAGUGAUACCAAGGCGAUGGCUUUUACUAGAGAGAGUAACAGAACCCGUGUUCUUUACGUCAUUAUACUGUACAUAUGAACAUCAAAUUCCCCAUAAAUCAGCGUAAAAUCUGUCGUUUGAGUAGCCUAAUGAAAAAAAUCCUUGGAACGGACUCUCAGUUGCCCUUGUCGUAGCCUAGGACGCCGUGUGUUAUUUAUAAUAAAUUCGCUUACCCCAAAGGGACAAGACACAGACAACACACUCCGCGUUCACUAUCCCAUUGUUGCAAGGGAUGUUUCCGCUAGGCUGCGUUCUUUGAUGGUUGAGUUGGGAAAGAGGUAGAGAGAGAGGGAGGGAGAGCUGGCGACAAACAAGCAGAGAAAGGGACACGAGACCGUACGUCGGAGAGUGACGGUGCUGUGGCGGAGCCGCAAGUCGGAGUAGUGUGACACAAUGCCAAAUUGAUGCUUCAUAGGGAUUCAGCUGUCUUUUAUCGAAGGCCCAUCGAAACACAGACCAGAAGCUUACCGCACAGAGAGGUAGGCGACAGUAGCUGACACAAUUUAAGUAAAAAUAGAUUGUGUCUGUGCAUUGUAAGGAUCAAGUCGCUUAUGAAGGAAUGCCAAAGACUUCAGCGAACGGGGAUGCUGACCGUCACAGCGAUGCUUCGGAGUUAAGGACCUUCAUCAUCGCUUUUGAUAUUGCUAUCUUUUAAUAUUACGGACUGCAAUUGUCAGCGGAUGACCAAUUCACUCUCAUUUCGAAACAAGGAAUAAUUAAUCAUUGCGCCUUGCAGUGUUGAGUCGAUUCUCCUGACUCUAUUGGCGAUCAGGAACUGACAAAACUUCCACUAUGGCACUGGUGAUGGAACCCGUGAGUAAAUGGACAACGAGCCAAGUGGUUGACUGGAUGAAAGGUCUGGAUGACUGUCUGCAGCAGUACAUCAAGAACUUUGAGCAUGAGAAGGUUGGCGGCGAGCAGCUGCUCCGGAUCACACACCAGGAGCUGGAGGACCUGGGCGUGUCCCGCAUCGGACACCAGGAGCUCAUACUGGAGGCCGUGGACCUGCUGUGCGCUCUGAACUACGGGCUGGAGACAGAGAACCUGAAGACCCUUUCCCAUAAACUCAACGCCUCUGCCAAGAACCUGCAGAACUUCAUAACGGGCCGUCGCCGUGGCGGCCACUAUGAUGGGCGUGCCACGCGCAAACUGCCCAACGACUUCCUGACCUCGGUGGUGGACCUCAUCGCUGCGGCCAAGAGCCUGCUGGCCUGGCUAGACAGGUCUCCGUUUGCAGCCGUAGCCGACUACUCCAUGACCAGGAACACCGUCAUUCAGCUCUGCCUGGAGCUCACCACUAUAGUGCAGCAGGACUGUACCGUGUACGAGACGGAGAACAAGAUCCUGCACGUGUGUAAGACGCUGUCUGCGGCGUGUGACCACGUCAUCUCUCUGUCGUCUGACCCCAUGGUGUCGCAGUCGGCCCAUCUGGAGGUGGUGCAGCUGGACAACAUCAAAUCAACCGAGGGGCUGGGCAUGUACAUCAAGUCCACGUACGACGGCCUGCACGUCAUCACUGGCACCACGGAAGGGUCCCUGGCGGACCGUUGUAAAAAGAUCCACGCAGGAGAUGAAGUAAUCCAGGUCAACUACCAGACAGUGGUUGGCUGGCAGCUGAAGAACCUGGUUGCUAUGUUGCGUGGGGACGCUGGUGGCGUGUCCCUCACACUGAAGAAGAGGCCCCAGAGUACCCUCACCUCUGCCCCCGCCCUGCUGAAGAACAUGCGCUGGAAACCCCUCGCCCUGCAGCCCAUCAUCCCGCCCAGCCCCAGCAGCAGUGUGGCCACGCCUUCUAGCACCCUGAGCACGCCCUCCAGACGCAACAGCUGCGCCCUACAGGACCUUUACAUACCCCCACCACCGGAGGAGCCCUACACACCCAGAGAAUAUGAUAACAUCCUCCCUUUCCUGGACCAGCAAUACACACCCAGUUGCCAUAGAGAUGAGGUUGGAACCCUCCCCGGCCCUGAAAAGCACGGCAACCCAGUUGUCAAGGGCCAGGAGUCCCCCAACUCGUUCCUGGACCAGGAGUGUCGGCGGCGGUUCCCGCUCCUGGACGAGGAGGCGGUUCUGUACUGCUACGAGUACGACCAGAACCAGGCUCCGCCCCCCGUGCGCCGGGACAGCACCCCCACCUACGAGAACUCCCUUCUGCGUUACGUCAGCGAGGACAAGGCCACACCUGAAGAGUAUCUGAUUGGCCGCAGCAGCAGUAGGCGGAGCCGCAAGAAGAGUGAAAAAGGUGGAAGCCCCUCCCACUAUGCUUUAGUUCCUGCCCUCCAGAUGGAAAUGAUGCGGCAGGACACACUGGCCACGCCCACCUCGGACACUAUUUCCAUUCACCACAUGUUUGAUCAGGCAUCGUUGCUGUCAAGGUCGAAGAAGAAACUCAGAGUGGGGUCUGUCUCCUCCAUCAGUAAGCGGCGGAUCUCCUGUAAAGACCUGGGCCAGGCGGACUGCGAGGGCUGGUUGUGGAAGAAGAAGGACGCUAAGAGCUACUUCUCUCAGAAGUGGAAGAAGUACUGGUUCAUCCUCAAGGGCUCCUGUCUCUACUGGUACAGCAACGAGGAGGACGAGAAGGCUGAAGGUUUCGUCAGUCUCCCAGAGUUUAAUAUAGACCGCGCCAACGAAUGCCGCAAAAAAUAUGCUUUCAAGGCCUGCCAUCCGAAGAUCAAGAGUUUUUACUUUGCUGCAGACAGUGUGGAUGAUAUGACCAGGUGGGUCAGUCGACUGAGCAUCGCCACCACACUACACACAGAGCUGGAACGCAUGCGGCAAGAUCACGACUACUGGAGCGAGAGUGAUCAUGAGGAGGGCGACAUGUCAACCAUGCCAAAACAGGACAGCCCUCCCCCGCCCUAUGACACCUACCCUCACCCCGCCUCAGUGAGUCCGUACCUGGAGCCGAAGCGUGGCCGCCACCCGUCCUCAGACACACACACGUCCCAGUCCCGCUCGUCCCACGAGGAGUUCCGCCCGGACCCCCAGCAGAGCGGGAGCAUGGUGGCGCCAGGCGGCUCGCCGGGCCGGAAGUCCAGCCAGCGCCGCUCCUGGCAGGACCUGAUCGAGACGCCGCUCACCAGCUCCGGCCUGCACUUCUUGCAAACCCUGCCGCUGGAGGACGCGGUCUUCUGCGAGGCGGCCGGCGUGCCCUUCGAGCUGCGUCGCCAGGCAACCCUGCCCACGCAGCGCGUGAUGAUGCCCGAGCGCUACAUGCACCACGGGCACUCACAGGGCCCUCUCCACGGCGGCGUGACCGUGACCACCGUCGACCCCUGCGCGGGCGGGGGGAAACCCCGCAGCUUCACGCUGCCCCGGGACAGCGGCCUGCACCACAUCCUGACCGCCUCCGCGGCCGCCGAUCACCGUGACGCCCCGCGCUACAACAUGCCUCCGCCCGUCAGCAGAGACGCAGGCCUGCAGCGGGAGCGCCGACAGCAGGCGGACUCGGUGGGGGAUUUGUACCGGGCUUUGGAGCGAGCUAGUUUGGCUCCGCUGGGGGAGUUGCGGCCGGCCAACCGGCUGGAGUACAAACGCUCAUUCGUGCGACGCUGCAACGACCCGCUGCUCAAUGACAAACUCCACCGCAUGAGGAUCAUGCACAGCUCACUGAAGGAUGUGUCCCUACAGGACUCAGACAGGCCAUCUGGAUAUUUAGGUUAGCUGCGUAGCCUAGCGACCAACUGGAGACGGAGCAGAACCACACGACACUACGCCAUGCCAUGCCACGCCAAGCCACGUCACGCCAAACCACGUCAGGCCAAACCGCGUCACGCCACUCCACGCCAUCUUCCCUGGAUCCACUCGCUCCAUCUGACCUCGCAGAACACUGGUCCAUUCCCCAACCCCCCCCCCCCCCCCCCUCACUGAAGCACUUACCCUGGGUUAAAGACACAGUUCAGCAUUGGUGGGAGAGAAUCCUACAGCCCAACAGUCGGACCAGAACUAAGCCAGACAGCAGCGGCUCUAGAGUGAACCGGGUCCGGCUCCUGGUCCAGAAGCGGUUUGGCUCUGGCUGCUCUAUCAGGGGAACAAGACAGGUGGUUUGUUUAAAAAAAACAGCUGUACAUAUUACUGUUGAUCCACGCCUGAGGAAACACCUGAGGAGAAGGAAGGUCUAAUAGAGUUGAGUCCCUUUCCCUGGGGUCUAGAUCCGCUCUAGGUCUGCUCUAGAGUAUACUGAUCCGCUCUAGGUCCUCUCUAGAGUAUACUGAUCCGCUCUAGGUCAGUUCUAGAGUAUACUGAUCCACUCUAGAGUAUACUGAUCUGCUCUAGAGUAUGCUGUUCCACUCUAAGUCCGCUCUAGAGUAUACUGAUCCGUUUGGGUCCCUCGCUAUCCUAAAACUACUGCACCUGCCCUCUCUUACCCUAUGCACUCUUUCUGUAUUUACACUACACGUGUCUGUUGCUUUUUACAAUCUGGCCUCUUUGUUUUUCUAGAUAUCUUGCCUCCGUGCUUUCUGUCUGUCUCAUACACACAUGCACACAUAUGAGUGUGUAUGAACAGCACUCAUAGUCAUUGUCAGAGGGAAUGAACUGGGCUUUCCCCUCCCUCAACAUUAGUAAGGCCCCUAAUCCCCCAACUGCUUCCUGGGCCUGGCAAUGCUGUUGCCCACUGCUCACUGCUCCUAGUGUGCUCCAAGUGUGUGUGUGUGUGCUCACUGCUCCUAGUGUGUGUGUGUGUGUGUGUGUG